GGGAAUUUGAAAAUAUGCCAACCUAUGUUUGGUUGUUUGAUGAUCAGUCAAUAUUAUGGUCAAAAAAUUUCGUGCGUUAUACUACAUGGCUAGAAUUUGACACUAUCUGACCAAGAUCUUCUGUGAUUGCCGUGAAAUAUGGCGGAAGGUAUGUUAAACGUAACCGAUGUUGAACUUGAGUAGUUUUAGAAUAUUAAGUCAAAAAGCACUGAUACAUGUAAAUUGGCAUCCCAGACACGUACAUAGAUACAAACUUCAGUUAUACAGUAAUACAGUCGGCUAAUUACUCUUCAAAAUGUCUGAAGGAAGUCGUUAAGCUAAUUGCUUUUACUUGAUCAUGAGUGGUAUGCUCGUUUUCCUUAUAAUAUUAAGUUUUAUUUAUUCACAGUCCAUAGCAGAUUUAUAUCGAUAAAGGACCUUUAGGAAGAUUCAUAAAGUUUGUUGUUGUUUGUGGUACAAUUUUCCUCGAGCUUAAAUUAAUUUUGGUACUCUGUGUUCCUAUAGCUAAAAAUUACCGCUACUGCUAUGUAAAUAUUUCCAUGAAUAAAUCACUACUGACUACUCGCGAAAUGCCGCACAGGCCUAUGCAUAUCGUCCAGUGGUGUUUUUUUCUUUUUUACGAAUACAUAUUACAAUUUGUAGGAAUGAAUUUUUCGUUUGGAAGGCGACAAGAAAAGAUUGACUGGAGGCGACUUGGUGAGAAACAAUGAAAAGUGUCUAGAUAUUUUUUGUUAAAAAUGCAAAUACUACAAUAGUUUGGUGGAUAGCUUAAUAUAUGAAGUGUUUGCUGUGAUGAAUAUGUUAAUGUUGAGUGUAUUUUGGUAUUUAAAAUAUUGUUGUCAUUACAAACAUGGCGCAAAAAGGUGAAUUUUGACCAAACUAAUUUUGUAACGUACCGGUAACCUGGUAUAAUUUCAAUAUAUUUUUACAAUGUGUAGACUUAUAUUAUAGUCUGAACAGGUAGAAUUGUCCUCUGACCCAAUUGUUUUAGUGUAAGCUGUACACUGUAAAGUGUUUUUGUAGCAUAAAAAUUGUUCUGAAUUCUUAUUAGUGGAUAAUCCUGAAAUUUUUUUUUUUCAGCGUCUGUGGAUGUUGAUAGGAUUCUGAGGGAGAUGGAUGUCAAAACAUUACAGGAUAACAUAAUGCAUGUCACAUUCAGCAAUAUUGAGGCAGAGCUGGUGAGUGUAUUCAGUAGCAGAAAAUUCAUAAUGCAACCUAAUUUAAAUUUCUUUAGGACUCUAGAGAAUAUGGAGUCAGUUUAAUGUAUGUUUAGGUGGCAAAAUGGCCAUAACCAUUGGUGAUUGCUUGAGUUGACUGUUUUGUCUAUGUAUUGUACUAAAUAUUUCCCCAUCUAGCUCCCUUACUCAUCCAAGAAGCACAAAAUUUUUCUCAAAAAUUGAUUUGAUAGGGUUUUUUUUUCACUCUUUAUAUCUCAUAGGGAAUGCAGGCUAUUGGUUUUGAUCCAAAUUACAUCAAGUUGUUUCGACUGGCACAGCUUAUUAUUGAGUACCUUUUGGUGAGUUACAUCACAAACUAAGUUUCUUGUUAUUAGCUUUCAUUUGCUUCAUUUGAUUCCCUUCCCAGUGUAUUGGUAACAAAGACUUAAAAUUCCAAUUUAUUUUCAUGUUAGCAUUCUCAGCAGUUUCUUUCGGCAAAUCUUGAGGCAGAGAACAAGACACUCCAGGAAUCUUUGGAGGUAACUUAAUUACUCUUACAAGUGCAACGUUAUAGGCUGGUAACAUUGAACUAAAUUCACACUACAUAACUACUAGCUAACUUAAACAGUAUACAGGAUUCAUAAUUUGUUCUUGGUAGCUAGUUUAAUCUGGAAUGUUUUAAUCAAGCUCUGAGCAAGAUAGCUCUAUUUGUUCAGCCUUUGCAAUAAGUAGGAAACACAGAUAUUCAUACCUUUAUCCAAUGAUUUAUUUUUCGAGUCAAAACUUUAAUUGUAACACCUUAAAUUUAAUUUUUUUUACUCAAAUUAUGACUUAAGGAUAGGUUAACCCUCUGAACUCUUAGAGUGACUAGCACCUAAUUUCUCCUUACAAUAUGACCCUUGAAUCACACAUUUAAGUCACAAGAAUAGAGGAAAUGAUCACCAGCUGAAAAAGCUGUUAAUUGUUUAUCAAACACUCCUUUUUAGCAUCAGAAAUUAACAGAGAACAGUAACAAAACCCCCUAAUGACAUCAAUAUAUUUUCAAAAAGAAAAAAAGAAAACUAUCAACUGAAGCAUUAUGUUUCAUUUUAAUUAACACCAAAUUAUCAGAACUAAAAUAAGAUGAAUUUUAUGACAGAGAGUAUUGAGAAUUGAUUUUUGGAUCUUGGGAGUGAAAGGAUGAAAUCAAACCAUUGUAAGAUCCUAAUUUUCAAGAGAGUGUUCUGUGAUAAUUUUGAGCAUUUUUUUCCAAUAUAGACAACAGAAAGAGUAAAGAAAGAACUAGAUGAGAAGAAAGAAGCUUAUAAAAAGCUCAAGAAAGAAUGCCAGAAACAAAAGCAGUGGAUUGCAGAAUACCAACUUCUGAUCAGGGCUGGAGCAAGUGGUUCUCACAAGGUACAGAAAAAGAAGAUGAAGCUUUGAUGAAAUUUCCCUCAUACAAAACUUGCCAUGUCUUGUAUCCCUUUAUAGGUUUUCUUCUACUUUACCAUGAAAGUUAAUGAAGUGGGCAACGUGGAUAAUAAGUGGGUCUUUAGUAAUUGACACGUGUCAUUGCUUUUUUUGUAGUGCCCAUAUUGUGCUAAGUCAUUUGUCAGCCAUGAGUAUGUCAUAGCUCACCUCAGUAGACGGCAUGGUGAACACACAAGCCAAGUCAAUGGGAUGGUGAUCUCAACGGUGCCACCUGUCAAAUCUGUUGGUGCUGUAACCAUGGAAACAAAACCUGGCAUGACUGAAAAGGAGAAAAAUGAUUUAGAGGAAGAAUUGCAAAUGAUCAAAUUACGGUUGCAAAAGACAGAACGUGAACUGCAAGAGGAAAAGAAAUUAACACAGUCACAGGUAGGUGUAAAAUGCCAUAGCAACUGGGUAUCCUGUGCUUUGUUUCCAUGAAGCUAUGUCAGUGAGCAUUGUGUUUUUUGUUGAUCUUGAAUUUUGAAAUGGAAAUUGUUGAGCUGAGUUUUCUUGCAGUAUUGUUGUGAUUAGUGCAUUCACCAGGUUAAAUUUGCUUUGUUUUUGUGUUUGUUUGUUUUUUUUUUUUACCAGAGAGAUAAACUGACAACAGAAAAUCACAAUAUGGAUGAACUGAGAGCAAUGUUUGAUCAAUGGAAAGCUGGAGAGAAGGCUGAACAACAGGUCUGAUAUUUCCUGUAACCUUGAACUCCUGAGAUUUUAUUCACAAGUUUCCCCUCCAGUUACUUUACAUUUCCUGGUUAAUUUUCUUUUGAGAAUUCGAUCAAAUUGACGACACCCUUUAGUUGAUAAAGUUCUCAAUUCUCAUCACCUGCUGGCCGGUUGACUUAUUUAAAAUGUGAGGAGAGGUUCUAUUUUUAUCACUUGAGUUACAAAGGCGCAACAUUUUUGAAUAAUUUAUUUGAUGCGGUUUGUUUUUUCCUGGUUGAUUGGACUAAUUUUUCAUCUCAGCUGUAAUCUUCUUACUGAAAGGAAACUAUUUUUCACAUACAUGUUGUACAACAUCUACCUCAUCUCUUCUGUCUUGGCAGGGGAGGGGAUGGUUCUGAGUGGGAGGGGAGGGGAGGGAAGUGUAGAGAAGAAUGGUGGAGGUACUUGGUCAGUAACUAAUGAUAACAGUUAUAUAUACAUUUUUGAAUUUAUUUAAUUACAAAAGAAAAAAAAAUUAGAAAAAAAAUACAGAGUUACAUAAGAGACACUACUUACGUCACAAUAGUUGUGCUAAUUACAGUGAUACUUUGUGAUAAUAGUUAUAACUACUAAAGCAUAGUUCUAUUGCAGCGUGAAAUAGCUGAAUUAAAAAGGACUUUUGUGCAGGAUAUGAACAGCAUGAGGGAGGAGAGGGAUAUGUUUUCAGAUGUGAGUCACUAAUUGCAUGUUCAUGUUCAUGUGCUGGGCAAAUUAGAUGAAAAAUAUGAACUCAAAAUUAAUACUCUGCUCUAGAAUUUUAGUUUUUGUGAUAACUACAUUUUAUUGAUUGGUUUUAAUUUGACCUGUGUUUUUCUUCUGUUUUACAUUAUACAGAGAGUGACGGCAUUACAAGAACAGCUGAAUAGCGGUGAGUAGAGGGAAAGUUAUUUUUAACUUUUGUGGGAAGCUGUAUGAUUUUGUUUCUCUAUUAGGAUAAUGUGGAAUCUAAACUUGUUUGCAAUUAUCGUGUGAGAUAACAACUGACUCGGACCAGAACGAAGUGUUCAAUUUGUUGAUCCCAAAUAUUAUUACAGACAGAAAAUUGGAUAGCACUAAGUCCUCUAACAAAUGAUUUGAAAUAUCCAUUGACAAACACAAACAUAAUAGUUAGUGUUUUAUGACUUUUAUUUACAAAUUUAAAACAUAUUGGUUGACUUUUUUCCAGGAAAAAAUUAACCUAUCAGUCUAUUUGACAGCUUGCGCAAAUUACAAUUACCCUCCUAUUACACAGGCAUAAUGCAUUGCAUGUUCUAUUCCACUGUUCAGUUUCAAGCAUGUUGUGUACACUGUCUUAUCAUUGUUGUUAUUUAAUCCAAUUUGGGUAUUUUCUUGUAAAUUUGAAUAUUUUAUCUAUUUGGACCUUACUAAAGCAAUGAUCUUGUAAAUUCUUCUGUGCAGAAAAGAAGACAUCAAUGAUUGGAUCAAUAAUAGUAAGUUUUCCAUUCUUUACCUAAUGAAGGAGUUGGCAAUUAAGCCUUUCACUCCCAAGAUCUGAUUAGUAAUUCUCCUUACUAUCUGCCAUACAAUUCUUAUGAUGUUAGUUAGAGAAUUUGGUAUUAGAUCAACUAAUAAUCCCAUGAUCGAUAUUCUUCUCUAUUCCCAUCACCUGCCUGCUUGAUAUUGUAUUGAUUUUGUAAGGAGAAAUUCUGUCUUGGUCACUUGUGGGAAUGAAAGGGUUAAGCCAAUUAAGCUGUAGUCAAAUGACGUCAUUGUGCAAAUAAACUGUUUAACCUUUGACCCUGGGAGUGACUAGCAACCAUGAAUCAAACAUCAAGAUCAUGAGAAUAAGGGAAAUGAUCACCAACUGAAGAGGCUCUUGAUUGUUAGACAAAUUCUCCUUGUUAGCACGUUAAGAAAUGUAAAGAGAACAGUAUGGAGAAUAUACAUACUGAUGUUAUUGUGUUCAGGGUUAAUCUGUUCACAUGAUGCUAACAAAUCUGGUUGUCUCUAUCAUAAAAGGAUCCCCCCCCCCCAGCCUCACUUCUGGCAGCUAAGCACAUCAUUGAAAACUGAAUUAUUUUUGACUUUGAUAAGGCAUUGCUUCUUUAGUACAGUCACUGCCUUCAUGGUAUUUCAUUCACCUGUACAAUUCCUCCUCAUAAUCAGCAUGCCUUCUAUUUUUUUUUCCUCUUCCUCUACAGAAAAAAAGUAAUAUAUUUCUACAGAUUUCACUUCGGAUCCAUAUUUACCAGCCUCACUUCUGGCAGCUAAGCACAUCAUUGAAAACUGAAUUAUUUUCAACUUUGAUAAGGCAUUGCUUCUUUAGUACAGUCACUGCCUUCAUGGUAUUUCAUUCACCUGUACAAUUCCUUCUCAUAAUCAGCAUGCCUUCUAUUUUUUUUUCCUCUUCCUCUACAGAAAAAUAGUAAUAUAUUUCUACAGAUUUCAUUUUGGAUCCAUAUUUACCAGCUUAUGUGCAUUUUUUCCUGUAUAAGGAUGAAGAUGAAACUGAUUCUCCAGCAAAGGCUAACAGAAGUGAAAUGUCACAACAGUUUAUGGCACAAUUGGAGGAUAAGGUCAGUGUAAGGUUUGUUAUUUUUGGCUGGAAUGAUUGUGAGUUUUGACUUAUGAUUGGCUUGCUGGACCCUAGAUUGGGAGGUCUGUGAGCAAGUUUAACCUGGGUGUACUGUGUUCACAGUGUUCUGUGAGGAAACACUUGACUUCCACGGUUCCCCUCUUCACCUACAAUCAUUAUCAUCAGAGAAGUGCUGGAGUGUGGAUUUUUAUCAAUAAAUAUCCCUUUUGGGGUAUGAGCCACACACCCAGUGGUUCCUUCAAAAUCUGGGACAAGCUCUGGUGGGUUGGGCCACAGGAUCCUUAACCAGGAUUUACUCAAGAUUAACUCACUGGAAAUAUUCAAAUCUAACUUGUAUACUGUGACACCAUUUUUGGAAUUUCCCUUUCAGGUUAUCCAGAUGCAGACAGAAACACAACAGAAUUUGCAGAAAGAAAUGCAAAAAAUGCAUCAGAAAUUUAAGGCCCGGAAGAUAAAUCCAAGAAAGAACACAGGGAGGAAAUGGGACAG